AUGGAAUCAAGGGGAAUCAUUAAGAAAGUCAACGAGCCCACGGCAUGGGUAAACUCCAUGGUAGUUAACGAGAAACGCUCGGGAAAAUUACGUAUAUGCAUCGAUCCACGAGAUCUCAACAAAGCGCUGCGUAGAGAGCAUUACGAACUCCCCACACAGCAGGAGAUAACAAGCCGCCUGACAGACGCCAAAUUCUUCAGUAAACUGGAUGCGAACUCUGGAUUUUGGCAAAUGCCACUUGACGAAGAGAGCUCUUAUUUGACGACAUUUAAUACGCCAUUCGGUCGCUAUCGCUUUACUGUGAUACCAUUUGGUGUCGUGUUUGCACAAGAGGUGUUUCAUAAAACUGUCAACGAGAAAUUUCAUGAUUUACCCUGAUGCGAGACGGACAUUGAUGAUAUUUUGAUUUGGGGACGAACACUGGAAGAACAUGAUCAAAACCUUGAACGUGUUCUCAAUCGAGUGACAGAUAUCAAUAUGACACUUAGUAAAGACAAAUGUCAGUUUCGACAAACAAAGAUAACCUAUCUGGGAGAAACGCUUACGGCAAAUGGUGUCAAGCCUGACGAGACCAAAGUUGAAGCAAUCAAGAAUUACCCCAAAACCUACGAACAAGCAUGA